ACAGGGCACGAGCCGGCCGGCUUGGUUACGAGGCUCAGGGCUUCUCGCCGCCACCGCCGCCCCCUGAUGUAGAUGGCGUACGGGUGGUUGCAGUCUGCUACACUCCAGCGAUUCCCGUGAUUCCGACGGCCUGGUCCUCUGCAUCCUCGGUCGCCUCCUCCUGAACAUCUGCCCAUCUCGCUUCACCAGGCCUUGGUCCCUCUUUCUUGUGGCCAAUGGGGGAAUCCAUGCCGGGGAGCAACAUGCAUCAAUGGAGUUCCUGCAGAGUAGAGCACGGAGACCAUGGUGGCCGUCACGGUCGUCGUGACCGCUGGCGCCGGAUUUCCUCCUCCGACAGCAAAAAAAGGUUCGCGCGCGCCAACUCCUAUAGAUAGUGUGCGGGUUCUUUGGAUCGAGUACAGAGUUGGGAAAUUUGUUGUGGAUUUUGUGAGAUUGGUAUACUUGAGGCGUAGCCAUCUGCGUCUUUGAUUAUCCAUGAAGCUGCUCAAUAUAUAUGUGUUUUUUUUUCGUCUGGAUACAUGCACCAGUUCCGCUAAGGACUGCCGAUUCAUACUUUCGAGGUAAUUUAGGUGAACCCGGGUGAUUAAAUUUUGUCGUACUUCCAUGCAUGCUCCCCUCUCUCAGUUUCUCUAGCGAUGUGUUGCUUCUGUGUUUCGUUGGUGGCACCAGACCAAUUCAUCUCUACCACAUGACCUGAUGCUCUGUAUUUUUUGGGACGUAUUUGUCUGCUGGAAGAAGCUAGCUUUGACGGAUUUAGGUGUGAUUUAUCUAGAAAAGGAAAACUGUACGAGGCAAGCCAACGGCAAGAAAGACAAACAGGAUGACGCCGGACUGUUGGAAGCUGACAUGCUGGAUCCAUGGCGGGCUGGUGCUUUGCAGAUGAACCGACUAAGAGAUUUGUGCGCUGGCCCAACAAGAAGGUGCAGCGCUAUUCUACACUCUUCUCAAAGGACAUGUCGCUGACCUCUGCGAGCGAGCGAUGGUGGUGAGAGUCUGCAAUAGAGAACAGACUUGAAAACGGCGUCCACAAAUUGCAUUGUCAGAUGCGGUACCUUGUAGAGGCAAGGCCUAUGGUGGCGGCAUCUAGGCCCUGAUGACGGCAACGGUAAGGUGUACAUUAGGUACAAAGCUACACAACCUCACCUUCUAUCUCGAGUUCUCGACAAAGACGGGUCAGGCACCAGCUUCAUCAUACACAGGUAUGAGAUUUAUUAUCUCGCCACUCCCAGACACAGGACACCAUACUCAUCCGCAACCCUCGCUGACCAACAUGUUGUUCUUCCUGUGCAAAAGCACCAGAGUCGAGUUAUGUCACCACCAUGAUGAUGAAUGGCGACCCGUCUUUGAAAAUCAAACGAGCGGAAGCAGAAUGACUCUUUUUAUACCAUACGUAACAUUUUAUCUCCAGGAUUUUAUCGACUUUCUCGACUCCAAUCGCCCUUAGAAUGCUCUUUUUUUAUACUUUCUAUAUUUCCUCCUCAAUACCCGUCGGUAUUGCAUGUCGGAUGUACCAUUGCUUAUAGCGACAAUCUUGAAUUGGGCGACAGAGAUAAUGGGUGGAAUAAGAAGAAGAGAAGUGAGUUAAACGUUAACAAAAAUCGGCAAUGCUAUCUGACGUGUACGAGGAUCCUAAAGCCGUCGCAACCGUUUUUGCCAGCGCUAAACGCGUUCUCCAGUCCAGUCCACCAGAGGAAAGAAAAGGCAACAGAGAAAUCCAUCUAGGUCUCGGCGGCGGAGGCGGUUUGAUCUCACCGCCGGCGAUCUCCUCCUUCCUCACCACCCGCCCUCUCCAUAUCUCGCUCCAGUUACAGUACAGGAGUGCUCCAUCGGUCGGUGGCCAUGUCGUCCGCCAACGCAACCUGUUGUGUUUCUGGAGAAUUUUGGAUUGACGGCUCUGCCAGACUGCAGAUAGGGGAUGGUCCCGUUCCUAGACCAUCAUCGAUUACUCUCAAGGAGUUUGGUGAUCUGUGGGUAGCUGACGCCAAACGUCAGUUCAGUCUCAGGCCCAAGUCACCGUCCCCUGAUGAGAAGCUGAAACGCAGACAAGAGCGUAAGCGCAAGGGCUUGGUCAUAGCGCUCAACACGUAUGCCAAGCGAAACAACAUUCAGCUCUCUGAGUUGGAAUUUGUGGAAGAGAAAGAGAGUAAUCAAGUCGAUGGAUGCGCAGCACUAUAUGUGCACUCCAACUUUCUGGUGAAAGGUUCAGAUGGCAGACAUACUAUGUUCUUUGCUGAGAUGCGACCUGACUGCACACAGGAAGAGGAUGUUGUUCUCUGCACACCUUUGGAAGAAAACAAUUAUGGUCAUUGUUUCGGGUGCGAUGAUCGAGCAAAGGAGCUUAGGCAUCCCUCGGGCGGUGGCUACUUGGGUGGACAUAAUGAGAUGAUUUUUCACUUGGAGGAGCUGGACAGUGAUGAUGACUGUUUUAUGUGAUGAGAGGAAUCUAUCCACCAACUAAUCUGUUUGGUCUUGGUCUACUAUAUGCUGAUGGUCUGACAAGCAAGUUCCUUUUCGAGAAGUACCGUUGCAAGAGGUGAUGCAUGUGACAUGUUAUUGUAAUAUGUAUCUUUAAUAUUAACUAAAAUUAUGCUUGAAUCGGCGUAAUAAAUUAUUGUAACUGAAUGAGUAUAGGAUGAUGUGUCCUAAGAAACUCCUGAUUUGCGUAUUUUAAA